GCCAUUAGCGCCCUUUUUCGGACUCCGAAUAGGCAUUGCGAAUUAUUCGCUGUGUUUGUGAAACGAAAGUGUUGGGAAAGCCAUGAUUCACUGUUAUAUGCCAAGGGGGCACAGUCUCUUGCAUACCUACGGUAGCUGCGCUAUCGCCCCACUGAAACCGUUUUGUGGUCUGACUCACGUUUCGCUCCCACAAGGCUGUCCUCUAUUGCGUUCACGUAUCCUCCUGCAGAGGACAGCUUCCUCCGUCGGCGGACGAGCUGGACGGCCAUCCGCGUUUCUGACUUCCUAAUUUGCCUUCCGAUCCAGCGCUUGGACGAGAGCCCACGAUGCCGACAUUUCAGCUCAUACUGGAUCUUUGCAAGCUGCUUCUAGCCGCUUUCACGCUGAGAUGUGUUCUGGUGUAUUCCUAUCGCAUCUUCCUCCAUCCCCUGCACUCGUAUCCGGGACCCUUCAUCGCAAAACUAACAGACUGGUACGGUGCAUACUAUGCAAUUCAAAGACGCCUCCACGUAGUCACAUAUGAGGAUCAUCGGAAAUAUGGACGCGUCCUCCGUCAAGGGCCGAACAAGCUAGUCUUCAACUCCGUCGAAGCACUCCACGACAUAUACCAGAAUGACCUCCUGUCAAAAGCGAGCUCAUACCUGGUAACUCAGGUAUCGCCUUCGAUAUUCAAUCUGUUCAACGUCAUCGACAAGCGCCUGCACCGCACCAAGCGGCGCAUUAUCGGGCAAGGUUUGAAUGAGCGAGCGAUGCGCCAGUUCGAGCCCGUCAUGAACGAGCAGAUCACCAUCUUUCUGAAACAGCUCAUCAGCUGCUGCCAAGAGGGCGAACCUGCAGACAUGAGUGAUAGAUGCAGCUGGCUUGGCCUAGAUAUCAGCGGCGAGCUAGGUUUCGGACGCGGCUUCGAACUGCAGACCGACACUAAGAACCGUUGGAUGCCCAAGGGAAUUUCCACGUCAAACUACCGCAUCAGCGUUUACAUUCAGUUUCCGGCGCUUAAACAUAUUGGGUGGGAAAAGCUGUUCUUGCCAAUCGUUCUGCCCAAGGUGCUCCGAUUCCAUAGGAUGGUAAACGGCAUGAUUAAGGCGCGCCUCGCGGAAGAGAAGCACGCCAGGCCGGAUCUAUUUUCCUCUGUCUCAGACUUCAAGGACCCUGAGACUGGUGAGGGUUUGAGCAGAAGGGAGCUAUGGUCUGAAUCUACGUUCCUAAUUCCCGCUGGAGGAGACACCACCUCCACCCUAAUGGCUGCCUCUUUCUUUUAUCUCUCGCGUUAUCCCCCCGUCUAUCGGCGGCUAGCCACGGAGAUCCGCAACACUUUCAGCGCCGGCGCCGAAAUAAAAAGCGGGCCCAAACUCGCUAGUUGCACCUACCUGCGUGCGGUUCUUGAGGAAGCACUUCGUAUCACGCCGCCCAGUGGUACUACGCUGUGGCGGGAUGUACCAGAGGAUGCGAAUAGCGCCAGUCCUCUCAUCAUCGACGGCCAUGUAAUUCCACCCGGUACUCGCGUUGGCCUCAACAUAUACACCCUUCACCAUAACGAAGAGUACUUCCCAGAGCCGUUUAAGUUUAAGCCGGAGAGGUGGCUACCAAAAGAGAAUGGAUUGAGUGCGGAGGAGACGAAGCGCAUGCAUGAUGCGUUUAGUCCAUUUUCGAUCGGGUCGCGAGCUUGUGCUGGGAAGGCAAUGGUAUACCUGGAGGCAAGUCUUGUUGUAGCAAAAACGGUGUGGUACUUCGAUUUUGAAUGUGUGGAUGAAGGGGAGAGUCCGGUUUUCCAAACGGAGGAUCAGUUUGGCUCUCGGCAUUCGGGGCCUAAGUUGAAGUUUUGGCUCAGAGGAGACAUGUGGAAGGAGUUGUAGAGAGUAUCGAGGGAGAUAAGAAAAUAUUUCGCUAGUGUAUCAAUUCUAUCUAGGUGGUCAUCAUAGGUGGCGCCCCAAUAAAUGGCACCCACCU